CCCAAGAAACCCCACCAUGGAACCAUCCCACCGUGGAUCGACCUUGAACCACGGGCUGAGUAUUCAAAGAGGUGACACAUCCCACGCCUUGUUUGUUCGGGGGACCUUUUUCUUCUUCAAUCUCGACUCAAAACUUUACCCAACUUUUUCUGACCGCGAAGAAGCUUUAUUAGCCCAUGUUACAAAGCUUGUUCCCUGUUGCCGCCACCUUUUGAGUCAAUAUCUUUUUUCUUGAUUCCGCCAGUUGAAAAGGAAAACUGCCACAAUGACAACCCCAAAACCAAUCUCACAGUCUUCGUUGGCUAGACCUGCCGUGUCCAACAGCCUCAGUGUUUCCCCUACCGCUACUUUCCACUCACCACCCGCGUCGAGCAGCUUCAUGGCCAGCCUUGCGUUGCGCGCUGCUGCUAAGCAGCUCAAGCCGUUCAGCACGGAGGACAUCAAGAUUCUGCUGCUGGAGAAUGUGAACCAGACUGGGAGGGAUAUUCUGUCUGGUCAGGGGUACCAGGUUGAGUUUCACAAGGCUUCGUUGCCAGAGGAUCAGUUGAUUGAGAAGAUUAGAGAUGUCCACGUCAUUGGCAUCCGCUCAAAGACAAAGUUGACGGCCAAGGUGCUCCAGGAGGCCAAGAACCUUCUCGUCAUCGGCUGCUUCUGCAUCGGCACUAACCAGGUUGAUCUGGAUUAUGCUGCCAAGCAGGGUAUCGCUGUUUUCAACUCUCCCUUUGCCAACUCGCGCAGUGUGGCCGAGUUGGUGAUUGCUGAGAUUAUCUCUCUUGCCCGCCAGCUGGGCGAUCGCUCGAAUGAGCUUCACCGGGGCACUUGGAACAAGGUCAGCGCCAAGUGCUGGGAGGUGCGUGGCAAGACGCUGGGUAUUGUUGGGUAUGGGCAUAUUGGCUCGCAGCUGUCUGUGUUGGCGGAGGCGAUGGGGAUGAAUGUCAUUUACUAUGACGUGGUCAGCUUGAUGGCGAUUGGUACCGCGAGGCAGGUGCCUACGCUGGAGGCGCUGCUUGGGGAGGCGGAUUUUGUCACGCUGCAUGUGCCCGAGACUCCGGAGACGAAGAACAUGCUGGGGGCGAAGCAGUUUGAGCAGAUGAAGAAUGGGUCUUAUCUUAUCAAUGCCAGCCGUGGGACGGUGGUUGAUAUCCCGGCGCUGAUCAAGGCUAUGAGGGCGGGCAAGGUUGCUGGUGCGGCGCUGGAUGUCUAUCCUAAUGAGCCGGCUGGGAAUGGGGAUUACUUCACCACCGACCUGAACCCGUGGGCGGAGGAGCUCCGCGGUCUCAACAACAUUAUUUUGACUCCUCAUAUCGGUGGUAGCACGGAGGAGGCGCAGAGGGCGAUUGGUAUUGAGGUUGCGGAUGCGCUCGUGAGGUACAUCAACCAGGGUGUCACCCUUGGGAGCGUCAACCUGCCCGAGGUCAACAUGCGCCAGCUUACCCUCGACGAGAGCAACCACGCGCGCAUCAUCUACAUCCAUCGCAACGUGCCCGGUGUGCUGCGCAGAGUGAACGAGAUCUUGGGCGACCACAACGUCGACAAGCAGAUUUCGGACUCCAAGGGCGACAUUGCUUACCUCAUGGCCGAUGUUAGCGACGUCCGGCCGGAGGAUAUCAAGGACAUUCGGGACAGCUUGGACGGACUCAGCUCACGCAUUCUUACCCGGGUUCUGUAUUAGAUAUAUAGAUAGGGUGUGUGUGUGUUUUCUGAGGGAAUGGGUUUAUCUGGUUUGUUUAUAAUGGGUGGAUAUUUUGGUGUUUUGUAUGUGUGUGAUGUGAUAUUUUUUUGGACAUUUUCUUUUGUUUGCUUUGUUGACGGAGUCAGUGAUGGGAGAGCAAGAACAAAAAGCAUUUCAACAUGGAGCAAGGAAAAAUUAUAUCAUCAUAUGAGGGGAUAGGGGGGGUGGCGGUUUGGUAUAUCAAAAUGAUGGGUUCAACAAAAUAGGGGAUCAGAGAUCAAGAAUAACAUGACUUUUGAUAUUCAC